CCCUUAGCCAUCCCACCCCCAGAUAUCCCAAUGUCGAACAUUGAACUCACUCCCGAGGUCACUGUCUCCAAUUCAGACGCGACUCCAGCUUUAGCUUCAGGUCAAGCUAAUGAUGCUCUCCCUACCGCUCCUCCCGCUCUCGAAGGAUUUGACCGCUGGAUCAAGGAUUUCCACAAGUAUGAAUCCAUCUUGGCUGAAGUGGCCAAAGCCUCCUUGGACACCAAGUUCAAAGACGAACUGAACACCAUUGAACAUUGGUUCAAAGUUCUUUCUGAACCUGAGCGAACAGCUUCAGUCUACACCCUCCUUCAGCACUCUACCCAAGAUCAGGUUCUUUUCUUUAUGUCCGUGCUUCAGCGCAUGGUGCAACCUAAACCAGAGCCUGUCUCCCUUGACAUUUUAUCGAAACCGAAACUCGCUAAGUUGAGCUUACGUCCUCCGAGUCUCAGCAUCCCUCUCCUUGGUUCCCCGGCGACACCUACACCCCUCACAGCGAGAUCUGCGUUGGAUGAGCAAGGUCAUCAGGCAAAUUUACCAAACCUUCAUGAUCCCAGCAGGUGGGGAAGUACGGUCAAUACACCACUUCCGACCUCGGUUGAUGGUAUCAAACCCACCCCAGCAGCCUCCAACGCAACUGCUCCUAUCCCUGGCCUUGGUAUGAUGAAUCCGUACACUUUGAACAUGCUUGCCAACGCAGGACUCUCAACCGAGGCUCAGCUGCUCGCUGUUCAGCUCAUCAUGAGCGGCCUAGUUCAGCCUACUGGCGUGGCAACAACUCAGCCACAGGCCCAGGCCAAGCAAAAGAAACCAUCACUGGCAUCUAAUUGGCGCACUCCCACAAGCGCUCGAUACCCCGCCAGCGCGCUGAAGAGUAGUGGACUUCGUCCCACUAGCAGCUUGAAGAGUGCUGGUUUGAAGAGCAGCGGGCUUGACAGCGCCGCCUUGCCGUCCCCACGAGAAGAGGACUUUGAUCCGGAAAUGCUUAACGACAUUCCAAAUUGGCUGAGGAGCCUCAGGCUUCACAAAUACACAAGCUGUUUUGAUGGUUUAACGUGGCAAGAGCUAGUUGUUCUUGAUGACGUCUCCCUCGAAGCCAAGGGCGUUGCCGCUCUAGGAGCCAGAAGGAGGCUCUUGCGCACCUUUGAACACGUUCGAAAGACGAUGGGUAUGGAAGAACCCAACAGCGCAACACCGACUACCAGCGCCAUGCCGACCAAACUUCCCUCCGAGUACGGACGCAUGCCUCAAAGUGCUGCUCCCCGGUCUAAGUUGUCAAUCAAUUCACCGGUAUUCACCCCAACCUGGGAUUCUAAAGUCCCUCACAGUGCUGCUCCGAAUUUUUCGAGCUCUCCACUCGUUGAAGCUACCCUCCCUGCUGAUUCGGCCACGCCUACUGAUUCGGCCACUCCUGCUGAUUCGGCCACUCCUACUGAUUCAACCGAUGUUGCAGUUUGAAGUUGGUAAUUUUGUCCUUCCUUCAGUAGCGGAGCGUCUCGAUGGAGUCACAUGCGAGAUAUAAAGUUUUCUUCCUUUCUUACAUUCUCUUAUAUUCUGUGUAUGAACGGGGUUUGGGAUCCUGGCACGAUACUAAAUGAUAUACCUCUUGAUGAGAAAGAA